UGAAUAGCGUUAAUUCACCCGUUUGUUUUGGUCGUAAUGGCGCCAACUGAUUGUAAACAAACACUAUGAGUUGAAAUUUACGUAAGCAGCUCUUGAAUAUGCCUGUUUAGCGAACUUCGUUGGUCACCUCAAGAUUUCAUAUCCUGCGAGGAAUUCAGCUAUGGCUGUGGAAACAUCCUUGCCUUGGCCAGCCAGCAUCCCAGAGCUGAAGCGUUUGGAUGAGUUACUAAGGUGUGGCAUCUGUUAUGAAUUCAUGUCCACAUCCAUGGUGACCGUAUGCUCUCAUAAUUUUUGUUCCAUGUGCAUACGUCAGUAUUUGGGUUAUAAGACCCAGUGCCCUGCCUGUUUCCAAGAGACAACUGGUCAGCAACUGCGCAAUAACAGGCUUUUAGAUGAAAUUAUACUUCUUUUUCCUGCUUUGAGGGACAAGACAGCUCGUCAGUGUCAAUCGGCAAAAGGGAAUACUAUAUCAGGGUAUCUUGUGAAAGAAGAUGACAGUAACGACAGCAGUGGCUCUGCCAAUGCUGAUGUUAAUUUGUUGUCCCCUGAUGUCAGAAGUAAAUUAAAGAGAGAGGAUUAUGCAACCCCAUCUCAGGCAACAUCAUCUGACGAUUUGCUCAGUACACCCAGGUCUUCCAAAACCUCCCUUCUGACGGAGACACCAAAGAGGGGCCUUAUGAGUUCUUCUUCAAAGCGUCCCCUGGUAUCUUCGUCUUCUAGCAGCAGUCGAUCCAGUAAUGGCAUUUUCAUUUCUAAAUCAUCUGUUAGAUCUCCAAGCACAGUAUCUGCAUCACAGUCCCCCCCUAGUACAUCAGCUUCGUUAUCACAAAGUGGUCGGCAAUCUGUGUCAUUUGGUUUUUUCUCUAUUAUAGGUGAAAGAGCCGGGAGUGACACUGCUACUGAGGAACCAAAGGUAGCGUGUCCUGUUUGCAAUGUGAGGGUGCCAGAACGGAACAUAAAUCUGCAUCUUGAUGCUUGCCUUAAACGUAUGGAAGAAGGGGAUAAAGAGGAGGUAGUUUGCGUUGACCAGCAGCCGAAACGAAAGCCAUUGCCAAAGUUAGUGUAUUCACUUCUCAGCGAGAAGCAGUUACGACAAAUGUUGAAGGAAGUUGGCCUUUCCAUUCAAGGGGAUAGGCAACAGUUGUCGAACAGGCACCGAAGGUAUACCACUUUAUAUAAUGUGGAAUGUGAUGCAGCAGAACCGCGACAUGUACAGGAGAUUUUGCGUCAGGUGGAGCGUGAGGAAAAGGAAGAAACCAAAGGGCUGUCUAAAAGUAUCUUCACAUAUGACAGAAAAACUCCUGUAGAAGUUAUUGAGAAAGAGCAAGUUAAUUAUUUGAAGAAGAAUGACAAUCAUUUUGCAAAACUUAUUGCUGAUGUCAAGAAGAGGCGAGAAGAAGGUAAGAAGAAAAAGCUGAAAGAACCAAUUGAGGAAGAGCAACAUGAAGAGAAAGUAAUGUAUACUCCCGGCACAAGCAAAGCAAAGUCACGUCCGGGUUCAAAAAGUAAAACGCAAUCAAAUCAUCAUCUUUCGGGUAGUGAUAAUGAGAGUGACGGUGAUAGCUCCAAAAAAAAGACUGCUACAGGAGUUGUAGCAACAAAAUCCAUAUUAAACUUUUUCCAAAAUUCCCCCAAGAAAAGUAGCCAGUCUGCUUCUGAAAAGUCAGGUAGCUCGAAUCACAUCAUUGAAAAGUUGCCAGAUAAUUUAAUGAUUACUGAUGAUGAUGAUGAUUUUUUCUCUGAAAAUUUUGUUGAGACCAAUGAUAGCAAGUCACUGCCUUCUGAAAGCAAUGACUUCCCUUUGCUUAAAAGUGAGGCCAGUGCAGAAGAACUUAAAGUUAAUGGGUGUGCCGCUCACAUUAAACUGGAGAUGGAAGAGACUAUGAAAUGCAGUCCUGAUAUUUUUAGUGCAAGUCCUACACAUUCCGAUUGUAGUGAUGACAGUGUAAGUCUUUUGAAGGAUCAAGAAGGAGAAGUGGAGGACAUACUUCACAGUGGACCAAUAAUAAAAGAGGAAGCAGAAAAUGAAUCAGAUGAGGAAUUCAUUCCUGGACGUCAGCCAGACUCUUGCCCUCUGGACUCACAGCCUGAGAGAUCACCAAGCCCUGCAGUUGGAAAGAGAGUUACGAGACACAACAAGUCUUCAUCUCAGACUCCACAACCUGACUUAAGUGAGUUAGGUCCAGAAACACAGGAUCUGGAGUUGGAUUCGCAGGGUGAUCCAGAGUACCAGCCAUCGCAGAUGUCGGAUGAUUUAGAUUCUCAGGAUCUACUGCCUGUGACAAGAAAGUCUAGAAGAAACUCGAGAAAACGCCAAGGAAAUGAAGAACCUGUAGAAUUACCAAGGAGUCGUCGUAGGAAAAAAUGAAGUUGAUGUAAACGUAUAGUUUCAAUUAUUGUCAUGAUAUGUUGGUCAGAAACCAGGAACGGAAGUAGCUGUGGCUAAGUCACAAAGCUUCAUGUAGCGGGGAGUGGUUUAUUAAUUCACAAAGGCUUGAAGAAUUUGCAAAAGUCAUGGCCUUUUAACCCCAAACCAUUUUUGCUUUAUACUAGUAAGAGUUAAAUACAAAGUAGCUUUAUUUUAAACCAUUCAUGAGAGUAUGGCUAAGAGAUUAAUACUAUUUUCAUAAGUAUCUGAGUCUGUAUAUCAUUUACACUUCGCAUCCUAGAUUGUGGAAUGUGUAAAUGUAGCAAAAAUGAAACUUUAUUAUUUUACUAUAUGGAAAUUUUUCUCAACAAUAUACAGAAAGUGCAAGUUGGUAAAGUGCAAGUUGGUUAAUCCUACAACAUUUAAUGUUUCAUGUAUAGUUGGGAAUUGUUGGUAUGCCUUGUUUAAUUUGUGAUAUAUAUUGACUGAAGUGUAACUUAAAUUUUUGUAUUUAUAGUUUUUAAACCUUAUUUUAUUUUAAAUGUUUCGUUAUAGUAAUGAUGCCUUCGUUUUCAUCUCUAUCACCGUCACUGCCUAUAAUGGCACUACCCAUAUAUUUUUUUUUUUUUUUUUUUUUU